CGUGUAUCCCAAUUGUUAGUGAUGAGUGUGACAUUGUUGAGCAGAUAGGAUUGAAAUGGGUCGAUCUCUAUCCUAGCCUCCUACGGCUUCUCUCUCCUCUCUCUUCCGCGGACGACAAAAGAAACCUAAAGAGAUCUGUUCCCCCCAACUCUAGAUGGAUGAUGAUGGGUUAAACUUGAGGAAUUGGGGUUACUAUGAACCUUCACAUAAGGGGCAUCUUGGUCUCCAGCUCUUGUCAUCUCCAUUUGAUGUAGACACGAAACCUUUCCUUCCUGGCCGCAAUAGUAAUUCCAGUAUGAUAGUUAGUAAUGGGCUUUAUCAUCCCCUGGACUCCAUUGUGUCUCAGAUUCCUAUAACACACAUAGAUUACAUUAGAGAGGGUUGGAUCAACCACAGAGACAAAUUCUUGCAUAUGUUUACCGGUCACCCAUAUAAUGACCCUUCUGGAACAACUCAGACUUCAGUUGAAUUGCUACAAACUGCUUCAGUCAAGGAAGAACCCGUUAUGGUUGAGGAUCAUCUUCAUCCAAGUGUUAAUGAAGAAAGCCCUCGUUCCAAAAAGAGAGCAGUUGUUGCAUCAUCGGGACUUAAAUCGAAAAAGUCAAAGAAAGCAAAGAAUGACAAAACCUUGUGUCAACAGGAAAAACCCGCAAAGAAGAGUGUUGAUGUUGUGAUAGGAGGGAUUGAUAUGGACAUAAGUAAAAUCCCUACACCAGUUUGUUCUUGUACUGGAACCCUGCAGCAAUGCUACCGUUGGGGAUGUGGCGGCUGGCAGUCGGCGUGCUGUACCACGACUAUAUCAAUGUAUCCGUUGCCCACGAGUGACAAAAGGCGCGGAGCCAGGAUUGCUGGACGGAAGAUGAGUCAAGGUGCCUUCAAGAAGGUCUUAGAGAAACUUGCUUCGGAAGGCUAUAAUUUUACUGACCCUAUUGAUCUUAGGUCUCACUGGGCUAAGCAUGGUACUAACAAAUUUGUGACAAUCAGGUAAAUUUUGUAUUAUUGGUAAUGUCUUGACGCUUGAUAUGUUCAUGGUAGUUGGUGUCCUUGUUGUACAUAUUUCAUUACCUGCCUUUGUCAAAACUGCCUUUAGCUUAUUUAGGGCCUGGAUACGUUCUUUUCUUCUUUUUGGGCAACUCUUAUCUUCUAUUUUUCUGAUGGAUAAUGACAUUUCUUGGACACAUAGUGCUACCACUUAUGAAAUGUUUUGUGAAACUUUGAUGUCAAUAAUCCCAUGUCAC